AGUGCGGCGGUGGGGUGGGUAAGCGGAGCGGGACCGGGGAUCGGCCCCCCGUCGCCAUGGCCCGCGAGCUCAUCGGCCCCGCGCUGCCGCCCGGCUUCCCGCGCCGCGCCGAGGCGGACCCGGAUGAGGACUUCAGCCAGGUUGCAGGACCAGCACUACCUCCAGGCUAUAAAAGCAGCUGUAGCUCAGAAAGUCCUGACAGUGAUGACGACUCAGAAUCUCUUCCUCCAACCAGAGACGCAAACAGAGAUUCUGAAGAGGAGACAGAAGGAGAUCCAGCACCUAAAAAGCCAAAAAGAAUUCAGGAAGAAGAUGAUGAUGAUGAUGGCUUUUUUGGGCCUGCUCUUCCUCCUGGAUUUAAAAAACAGGAUGAUUCUCCAGAGAGGCCCAUUAUAGGUCCUGCCUUACCGCCUGGCUUUAGGAAACCUUCGCAGGACACCGGGAAUAGCAGAUGUUCCAUAGGACCGUCUGUUUCAUCAGAAUUCCAUACCCAGGUAACAGAUAGUAGUGAGGAAGAAGAUGAUUUUAUAGGCCCAAUGCCUGCAAAAGGACCGGUGGAGUCUGAUGUGACUAAGGAAUUUGAACGCAGAGCUCAGAGAAUGAAGGAAAAACUUACUUCAGCAGACAGCGAUGAACCCAAGCAAGUUACCAGGGAAUCAUGGAUGACAGAGCUUCCACCUGAAUUGAAAAGCUUUGGAUUUGGCCCAAGAACGUUCAAGAGGAGAGCUGAUGACAAAUCAGGCGAUAGAUCUAUUUGGACAGAUACUCCAGCUGACAGAGAGAGAAAAGCCAAGGAACGAGAAGAGGCAAAGAAAUCAACCAGUAAGGAUAAUGAAGAAAUUGUAUUAUCUGGGAGAGACAAGAGACUCGUUGAGCAGGUGACUUCAUACAAUGAGUCAAAGAGGUCAGAAUCUCUCAUGGACAUUCAUCAGAAAAAGCUAAAGAGCAAAGCGUCUGAAGAAAAGAACAAACCUCAGGAAAGACAGCCGUUUGACCGGGACCAGGAUCUCAAAGUCAAUCGAUUUGAUGAAGCGCAAAAGAAAGCUCUCAUAAGAAAAUCCAGAGAUCUGAAUAGUAAAUUCGAGCACAGUAAAGGCAAUAUGUUUUUAUAGCAUAAAAGCAUGAAGUUUUUUUUGAAGUCAAUUAAACUUUGAAUACUUAAUUUUUUAAGUAUUUUUCUGUAAAUAUUUGUAUGCAAAAUAAAUACCUUGAUGUUUAACUAUUUUUCCUUGUCUGUAAAUACUCCAUUAGGGAGGAGCAUCUGGACUAAAACUAAACUGGUAAAGGGAAGUCCUGGUAUAAAAAAAGAGAUAAUGUAAUUUUUGCUACUUUAAAACGUAUUUAUAUGUAUAUAUUGUUAGCGUGAAAAUAAUUAAUAGGUAUUAUUUUAAGGAGCUCUAGAUUUGCUCAGUUUCCCCUGCCUUGCUUGAGAUAUUUUUGCUGAGCCUGACCUGAAGGCCAUGGAAGAAUCCCCUUUAGACUCGUGGGCAGGAUAUGGUGUGACUGGAGUUCCUGCUGGGGAGUAUAAACUCAAACGGCAGCUCUUCUGUCCACCCAGUGCCUUUAUUUUUGUGAUUCUGUGUCUGUACAUAAAUACAGGUUUAUAUGUAUACAGUAUAAUUCCUGCACUAUAGCAGGAAGAGCUCGUGGUAGCAGAAGUAAUAAAACCUCAAGAUUUGCAGAUUUAAUUAAAAGAUGGUGGUAUACCAGAAGAGAAAAUCUAAUUUGAGUUUCAAUUUGUUGGUCUUAUCGGAAAACCCAUCUUUUUAAAGCAAAUACAAUGUGAAAAUCAAAGGAAAAUAAAGCUUAUUUUGUCAGUUAAUUUGCAGGGCAGAACAGCUCUUUGGUAUCAAAAAGGAAAUAAAUCUGAUAUUUAAAAAAAUCUACAUCCAUGGUUAGUUUUUUUAGCUCUUCUGUGCGUGUUCGGAGCAGCUGAAAGGAGAGUUGUUUUACUUAUUUAAAAUUAGGCUUCUACUUUCGUCCUUUUUCUGUUGAGUAAGGUUUGGGAUCCUUUUUGAGGAGUUAGAAGUAUCUAUAUACGAAAAUAAUUUUAUAUAGGAGACGCUGGCAACUUGUUUGGAAUUGUGCCACAUUCUGCUUGUUAAAUACCAUGGGGUUCACUGAGAUUUGAACAAAGGCUACCGUGGCAGGUGGUGUCUGGGUUGGUUCAUGUUAACGCAGCAGUGACCCAACGAGCUCCAGAAACAAAUGGCUAAAAACUUGGUAAAACUUGGUAUUAUUUUAUUGCACGUGUGCGUGAGCCCAAGGCACAGCCUCCACCUGCUGAUGAGAAGUCUUGGAGAAUUUUCAGUAUUGGAAAGUAAUGCUCGCAUACAAUGUAUUUAGAUACUGCUUCUUUUUAAAUAGACAAUUUAUUUUGCUUCUAUUUGCAACUUAUCUGCUACCUUCGGGCAGAAGAGGGACUGGUUUUGUGUUGUGUGUGGUUUUUCUUUCAUCAGGUUUGAGUUUCUGUGCCUUUUUGUUUGGAGGCGAGAGGAGGGUUUAUACAAGGGCUGCUAAUUUUUCCUCCCCGAAACCAGACUUCUGCUAAUGCCUCGUGCUUUUUUGUAGCAUAGCAAACAACGUCUUGCUAGGUUUCUGCCUUCUGAAUUGCUUCCUUCCCCUUUUCGGGGAGCUCCUCUGCAGCUGGGGGUUAAAUAACAUCUGUCUAGCAAUUCAGCAAAAGUAGAUUUCUUAAUUGGAAAGGCAGUGUUAGGAAUGUUCGGGGGUAUUUUUUAGGCAACUAAAGCAAUGACAAGGGGGAGCGUAGCGCGACCAGCUAAAUCUUCAUGGUUGGCAAAAAAUGAUCCUCGUGCCCACUUUUGGAAACCCUACUGCCUUGAGAAAUUAAUUUAUUAUAUCAGGUGUUGCUUUGUGCUGAAAGAGCUGCUCUCCUGAGCACAUCAUGCAGUCCUCACUCAGACAAGUCUGUAGCAGGGACGAGGGGUCGUUGUAUUAUGAAGCUCGUGCUUCAUUUUCAGUUUUGACCUUUGGUCCCUCCUCUUCCAAAUUGAGGACCAGUCAUCAGACGUCUUGCUCUGUGGUUCUUUGAUGGACCCCUUGCUGUCCUGAUUUGAGCGACACAGGAUUAAUUUCUUUUCUAAUGCCUGGGAAAAAUGCACUUUUAGAAGACUCUAGUGUCUGAAUUUGUGAAAAUAUUUACUGUAUAACCAGCUAGGCUAUGUGGGAUUCAAGGUCUCAGUGUUUUCGAGUUCGCCAGGUGCAGGGAUGAGGAGGAGUGAGACCCGGGCAUUUGACCCAAGCUGGCCAACAGGAUUAUUUCAUACCAUGAACGUCACCUUCCAUAUCAAUUAGAAAGUUUGCCGAGAAGUUCUCUCUCUUCCUUGAUGGCUGCGAUCCUGAGAACUUCUUGCCCCGGUGCUGGACCCCUGAGCCCUUCCCUUCCUCCCGAAGCCGCAGCGCUCACGGUGUCCCACAUUUGCUGUCCCCUGCUGGGAGUGCACAGCUUCUGCUGAUAGAAUGGGCUGAGUAUCAUCCUUCUGUAUUUUAUAUUGGUAUUGUUCUUUAGUGUUAUUAAUGUUAAUUAUCUAGUCUUACCCUGUUAAAUCUGUUUAUAUUUCAGCCCUCGGGUUUCCUUGUUUUUUUCCCUGAUUCCUCCUCCGGGGUGAGGAGGGGUCAUUGGGUGAUUGAUAGAAUAAUUGUCUAAAUGACACUAAAUUGUUGUGGGUUUCUCAAACCAUAACACCUGCCUGGCCCCACUGUGGUCUCCUGCCCUCUCCAAGGAUGUGUUUGAGUGGGGGCUCCGGGAUGUUGCUCGAGAGGAGGAGAGCCCUUGUAAUGGGGAGCCCAGGCACCCCCUUCACGGUCCCUAUGUGGGACGUGCAGUUCGAAUUAAUGAAGCCUCGAUGCAAGUCGGGAAUAUGUUUUCUCUCCUUUGCUUAAUGUUUUUUUUCCCCGUUCAUGAAGCAGCCUCUCUAAGACUCGAUGAAAUCUGUGUUACGAACUUGAGAUGGGGCGGGGGGGCGAGGGGAAGUGGAACUGUUGAGAGUUCAAAUUAAGCUUUUCAUUACUUUGUGUAAAUUGAGUGAACUUUUGAAUCGCGUUAAUACACAAACUAAUCUCCUCUUAGCGAUGCCAAACCGUUCCCUCGAACAGUCAUUAGAACAAGCAGCAUCUCACUAAAUUACAAGCUCUGUGAGCUUUUGUGGGAAAAGAUGAGCUGUCCUUUACAAUUUGGACGAGCUGUAAAGCAUUUCUGCAGAAAUGUUAGUGGGUGAUUUUUUUCAGAAUCUCAUUUUAAAAAAACCAAAAUUUAUUUCGCAGAAAAUCCUCACCAUAAUUACUAUGUAACAUUUCUGGUAACCGGCUCCCGACGCAGAUUUAAUGGAUUCUAUUGCUAUUCUGCGCUGUCAGCCUGCGUCGCGGCGGAUCGACUCCAGGCACAUCAGGAAACUCUGUUUUAUUAAAAAAAAAAUAAUUAAAAAAAAAUGUCAGGGAGGUUUUCCCGGAGGUGAAAAGCCGAUCAGCCUAGAUUUUAAAGCGCUUGCCUUUAUUUUGUGCUGGCAGAGACAUCCUUUAUUAAUAAUGAUGUUAAAAAAUUCUGCUCAAGAGUCUUCUUCUGAAAUGUCAAAUAAGCGUGGAAGGAAAUUCACAGUGAAGCUGGCAAAAAAGAAGGCUUUCGUGGUAGGCAAAUGAUAAACAGGGUGUUAAAGAGGAAUUUUAAAGACUGUAAUAUGUUAAUAACAAAACAAAACAAAACCAAGCACCCAAACAACCCCUGUUGAGUCUGCUGUAUUACCGAGGAGCAAUUAAAGGCAAUACAACUUUCCGAUUUCUUCGCAUCCAUAUUCAGGACAAAACAUUGAGCUACCAAGGCGUUCAAUCCAGCACAUUUGGUUAGAAUAUGGCAUAGCAAUACCGUCACCUGAGAAAAAUCUCUGUCGUUGAGAAAAACUUCUGUUUGCUUUCCUGGAUGAAGAAGUGUGUUUCCCAAAAAUAAGCAGCAAUAUAAAUGGAUUUUUUUUUAAGGGUUUGAUGGCGUCACGUUGACAGCACAAAAGUGGCAUUGUCGAAAUAGCUUUCUUCUCGAAAUAAACAUUGAGAUGAAACCUUGAUAUGUUUCUGUUCAGGAGGAAAGGGUUUUUUUCACAUAAAAGUUCUAAAAUGCUCCAGGACUUCAGGGCUACUUGUGCUUGGGGACUUGUUUUGUUCCUGAAAUGUAAACUUUGUUGUUUCUGUCCAGCCACUUAUCAAUUGUAUGUUGAUUUAAGAGUAAUAGGGCAUUAAAAAAUCAGAAUCUGUGAAAA